GCACCAACACAAUCAAGGAUUAGCUGUCGAUUACCAAUCAAUCGAACCUCAGAGCGGAAGUCGUAACUCAGAGCGGAAGUCGGAGAAUGCACGAUGACAAGAAGCUAGCUUGAUAUUAAAGAAACAAAAGCCCCCCAAAAUAGCUAUCGCAUAAGUGUUCCAACAGAACGAUUAAUGAACGUGUGUUUCUAGUAAAUGUUUACAUAUUUGUUCAUCCAAAAGAGGGGAUUAGACAUUUGAAGAAAAAAGCUAGCGUCUAACGUUGUGUCAGGAUGGACCCAGCCUUGUUGAGAGAGCGGGAGCUCUUUAAGAAGAGGGCUCUCUCUCAGCCCACGGUUGAGAAGAGACCUGCAGCCUCCGAGUCAGGCGGUUCCAAGAAGAAGAAGUCCAAAGCUGACAAGGAGGCCUCUGGGUCCAAACAUGGCGCAGACACCAGUAAUGGUAACUUCAACCUGAAGGCCCUGACAGGCAGCUCUGGCUACAAGUUUGGUUGCCUGGCUAAGAUAGUAAACUACAUGAAGACCAGACACCAGCGUGGUGAUACUCACCACUUGACUGUGGAGGAGAUUCUAGAUGAGACCAAACUACUGGACAUCGGCAUGAAGCAGAAACAAUGGCUGAUGACUGAGGCGCUGGCCAGUAACCCUAAGAUAGAGGUGAGGGAUGGGAAAUAUGCCUUCAAGCCCAAAUAUCACCUGAAGGACAAGAAAGCCCUGCUCAGACUGUUGGAUAAACAUGACCAGCUGGGACUGGGAGGAUUACUGCUAGAUGAUGUGGAGGAGGGGCUACCCAACUCUGCCAAAGCACUGAAGGUUUUGGGAGACCAGAUCAUCUUUGUGACAAGACCAGACAAGAAGAAGAUUCUGUUCUAUAAUGAUAAACACUGCCAGUUUACAGUUGACGAAGAGUUCACCAAGCUGUGGAGGAGUAUCCCAGUGGACUCUAUGGACGAAGAGAAGAUAGAGGACUACCUCAAGAGACAGGGCAUCUCCUCCAUGCAGGAGACUGGACCCAAGAAAGUUUUACCAAUCAAGAGGAAGAAGCCAGGUGGACAGAAGAAGAGACGCUUCAAGACUCACAACGACCAUCUGGCCGGAGUACUGGAGGACUACUCAGAGGGCGUACCCGCUAAGAAGUGAUGUCACUUCCUGGUUAUACCCCUCCCACUUCCUCUUCCCUGGCCCAGUGAGAGAGGGGUGACCUGGGAGUUGUUGUUUUGUAGUUUGUUUUAUUUGUCUCACCAAAACUACAAUGAAGAUGAGAGGAGACAAUGGCCCUGUCUCAAACGUGUGAACUUGCUUCCUUUUCUUGUGUCCUUUCCUCCCCCGACGAUAAAGGAGAAGGAGAUGAGGACAGGAAGCCAUUUUGGAACGUUGAGACACAAGAUGGCUGACUGAUUGACUGAAGUGAAGUCCUUGCCAAACACACCAACCUAAAGAGACUCUCGCUGUCCUUUUUGAUAAAACUGGACCAGUUUUGGUUCUAAGCAGUAAUACAAAAUGGUGGACGGCUUUAGGGUAGCAAAAAUGUCCUGUUAAAUUUUCCCCCAAAAUCCCAGGUUUUCCAGAAAUCCCAGUUGGAAUAUUCCUGUAAUGACAAAUUCCCUGGAAUCUGGUAACACUUCAAAGGGGAUUCUGGGAAAGUUACUGGAUAUGUGCAACCUUAGAAGGGGCUGUAUGUGUAAAUGUCUGGCACACGAUGGACACUGUGUGUGAUAGUGGAGAGAGGAUGUGUGUGAAAGUGUUUUCUUUUAAAUAAUACCAGUCGUAUUGUCUGCUGUAGUUGUUCCUUAUAUUCAUUUACAACAGUGGUCACCAAUGGCAACCUGGAGAAAUACAGGUUGUGCAGGGUUUUGCUCCAGACCUGCACAAACACUCCUGACUUAGCUAAACGACUCGUAGAAUCUACCAGGUUUACUCAGACAAACACUAGCCUGGUCCCAGGGUCUUUGUGCUGUCAUUCCAAACGGCAUGACAACGAGUCAUAGCAGAGCUGAAAUCAGGCUAGACAAACACCCCACUCCCAUAGAAACCUCUCCCACGACAUACUUACAGUAUAUACCACUAAGAUAAUAAACUGUCCCUUCAGUAUAUACUACUAAGAUAAUAAACUGUCCCUUCAGUAUAUACUACUAAGAUAAUAAACUGUCCCUUCAGUAUAUACUACUAAGAUAAUAAACUGUCUCUUCAGUAUAUACUACUAAGAUAAUAAACUGUCCCUUCAGUAUAUACUACUAAGAUAAUAAACUGUCCCUUCAGUAUAUACUACUAAGAUAAUAAACUGUCCCUUCAGUAUAUACUACUAAGAUAAUAAACUGUCCCUUCAGUAUAUACUACUAAGAUAAUAAACUGUCCCUUCAGUAUAUACUCAAACUGUUCAUCAAGACCUUGAUUGAUUGGGUGAAUCGGUUGUGUUAGUACAAGGCUAGAACAAAAGCCCGAGACACCCUGUAUCUCUCCACUUCCUGGUUGGUUGGUGAUCGCUGGUCUCUUGAGCUUUCUUCAUUACUGAGCACAUUACCCACAGUACCUUUCUCCUGAGGCCUUUCCUCUGACGCACAAUAAAGUCAUGGAAAACACA